UUGUGUGUUUUGGGGGGAAGCGGGAGGGAAAAAUGUCUCGCCCUCUCCCUCUGAACCCGCCGUUCCUACCUCCGACUUACGGGGUGCUGAAGUCCCUGCUGGAAAACCCGCUCAAGCUGCCGCUGACCCACGAAGACGCAUUUGGUAAAGAAAAAGACAAAGAAAAGAAGCUAGACGAUGACAGCACCAGCGCCUCAGUCCCACAAUCUGCUUUUUUGGGGCCAACGCUAUGGGACAAGACGCUGCCAUAUGAUGGAGAUACUUUCCAGUUGGAAUACAUGGACCUGGAAGAAUUCCUCUCAGAAAAUGGAAUUCCGCCCAGCCCGGCCCAGCAUGACCACAGUCCACACCAGCCAAAUCUCCAGCAAGCUACCUCAGCAGCACCCUCUGUCAUGGACCUCAGCAACAGGGCCUCUACAUCAGUGCAUCCAGGCAUGGUGUCUCAAAACUGCAUGCAGAGCCCAGUCAGACCAGGUCAGAUCUUGCCAACAAAUCGUAACACGCCAAGUCCCAUAGACCCUGAGACAAUCCAAGUUCCUGUGGGCUAUGAACCUGACCCGGCAGAUCUUGCUCUCUCCAGCAUUCCUGGCCAGGAGAUGUUUGACCCUCGUAAACGCAAGUUCUCUGAGGAAGAGCUCAAGCCACAGCCAAUGAUUAAGAAAGCCCGUAAAGUCUUCAUUCCAGAAGAUCUGAAGCAGGAUGACAAAUACUGGGCAAGACGUAGAAAGAACAAUAUGGCUGCCAAGCGAUCGAGAGAUGCCCGGAGGCUGAAGGAAAACCAGAUUGCCAUCCGCGCCUCUUUCCUGGAGAAAGAGAACUCAGCCCUUCGCCAAGAGGUGGCUGACUUACGGAAAGAGCUGGGCAAAUGCAAGAACGUGCUGGCGAAGUAUGAAGCUCGGCAUGGGCCCAUGUAAAUGGCGGUUCCCCUCUCCUUUCUUUUUUGUUGUGGGUUGGCAUUUUAAUAGAUGGACAAUGUGUUUCCUGUUUGAUAGCACCACACCCAAACCAACCUGUCUGUCAUCAGCACUUUACAAGAAGUAGAAACAAAAUGGACUUACAUUAUUUUUCAUUUGUGUAUGCGUGUGUGUGCACAUCUCAGCACUUCCCGUUUUUAUGAAACCCUCUUCAAAGGGUGACACAUUUUUACCUGGACUAUUGAGAACUGCCAUAGUAAGGUUUUUUUGUUGUUGUUGUUUUUUUCCGGUGCUGCUUCUGAUUAGGAUUGUUAUGUUGUUCCAAACAGUUCCAGCCUCACAACUUACUUACAAAGAUCCCAGAAAAACAAAAAUAAUAAAAGAUAAAUCUCAGUUUUCAAAAGUAACAAGUUAUUGUUAAAUUGUGUCUAAUCAGAAAAAGUAAUGUGCUAAUGAAGUGCACAAACAAUAAUUCAGUGCAACACUACAGAAAUAUUAAUUUAUAAAUUGCUUUUGUUGUAUUUUAAGUUCUGGUGAUAGCUGUCUUCAGAUUUAAAGUGCUAUUAGACUGAGUUAGCUCUGCUCAUUAUAGAGCCCAUUAUGACUUAUCUAUAUCUACUAAGUUUCCUUUUAUUUCCACAAACACCAGAUAGGAGAACUACUAACAGUAUACAGAGUGUGUAUUUUGCACUGUCUGUACCUAAAGCAAUAAUCCUAUUGUGCACUAGCGCAUGCUGCCUGGAUGUUCCUAGUGGACGUAGGAUGAGUCCCCUACCUAGUAAGAGUUUUAAUGUCUUAUAAAUAAAAGACCCAUUGAUAUGAGCAUGCUGAAAGCAUCCCUGGUGUGUGUAAAAAAAGAGAGAGGACAAUUAGUUGAUACAAGAACAAAAUUUAAAAGGCUCAAAUCAGAUUUGAUGUUGAAAUUAAAGGAGGUUUUGGUUUAGUUUUCAUUUCUGCAUUGUUCAGAGUCCCAUUUUGUGAUUAACUAUUCAUUUUUCCACUUUUUGUAAUAUAUUUUCUGAGGAUUAUAUCUUGCUGUUUUAAAUGCAUUUUUAUUUAGUUAGAAGAGUCACUGUUUUGCAAACCCCACUUUUCCAAGCGACAUUAUUUUGAGCAUGUCUUGAACUGAUGGUUCUGAACUUUAUUCUGUUUUCUCUAUCUGCUCUUGAACAUAUGCUCUGUUACAAAGUGGACUUCUGAAAAUGAAUGUAAAAGACACUGGUGAAUUUCAGAAGGCAAUGGUGUUGUCAUAUACUGUGGUUAAUCCAAUCAAUGUAAAUGUUUACUAUAGACCAAAAGAAUAGAUAUUAUAAAAUGUAUAAAGUUUAUACAGAAUAAUUAUAGUAUGGGGUGUUUUGUACAGUAUUUUUCAAAUACCAAUACUGACAGUGUAUUUUGAAAGACAUAUUAUAUAUAGCAAAGAAAAGGAAAGAGCUAUUCCAUGUUUAAAAUAUAUAGGAAAGAUAUAUAUUCACUAAUAUUGUACAGAGAGGAAGUGCUUUGGGGUUUUAGAGGUCGUUAAUAUUUUAAAUGUACCACUGACACAUCAGCAUGUUUUGUGCUUUAAAUUAAAUUUUUUGAAAGUAA